AUGGGCAAAGAUGGGUCCGCGCCACAGGGCGUCACAUCCCUGCUGGACACAGAUCUGUACAAGCUGACGAUGCAAUGCGCGGUUCUCAAAUACUUCCCGAAUGUUUACGUGACCUACGGCUACACUAAUCGGACCCCGCACAUGAAACUGCAACGCGGCGCAUACAAAUGGCUGUUGGAGCAGAUGGACAAGCUGGCCGUGAUUCGGGUCACUGCCGAAGAGCGUGAAUGGCUCCGCCAAAAGUGCCCCUACCUCAAUGACGAGUACCUCACCUUCCUAGAGACCUUCCACCUCAGACCCUCCGAGCAGAUCAAGAUCAAGUUCAUUCCAGAACAAGAUACAGGCAGUGAUGACGAUCAAGGCAACGUCGAAUACAUUGUCGAGGGUCUCUGGCUCGACACGAUCUUGUAUGAAAUCCCGCUGCUGGCGUUGACCAGUCAAGCGUAUUUCAUGUUUACCGACAAGGACUGGGACUAUGAAAAUCAGGAAGAGAAAGCAUACCAAAAGGGUUGCACUUUGCUCCAGAAUGGCUGUGUGUUCUCUGAAUUCGGCUCGCGCCGUCGCCGCGACUACCAUACCCAGGACCUGGUUAUGCAGGGUCUAUGCCGUGCCGCAGAGGAAGGAAAGAAGCAGGACUGGCCUGGUGCGUUGACCGGAACUAGCAAUGUGCACUUUGCUAUGAAAUACAAUAAGAGUGCUGUCGGUACUGUGGCACACGAAUGGUACAUGACCAUUGCGGCUAUCACGGACGACUACCAGAAGGCCAACGAGUUGGCAUUGAGUUACUGGCUUGGCUGUUUCGGGGAAGGUGUUCUUGGAAUCGCUCUCACUGACACCUUUGGCACGCCGGCUUUCCUGGAUGCGUUCAGCAAGCCCAUUUCAGCACCAGACCAAAAGGAUGAUAUUAAUCCGAAUACGACAACAUAUGCUCAGAGCUACGCCGGUGUCCGCCAAGAUUCAGGUGACCCAGCGUUCUUUGUCAAGCGGGUCCGGGACUUCUACGAUAGCCAAGGUAUUACCGACACCAAAACAGUGGUAUUUUCAGAUUCACUGGAUAUUGAGCACUGCCUGGAAUACAAAGCAAUUGCCGAAAAGGCAGGAUUUAACCCUACCUUUGGAGUGGGAACAUUCUUCACCAAUGAUUUUAUUACCAAAUCAACCGGAAAGAAAUCCAAGCCUCUCAACAUUGUCAUCAAGAUCGCCACCGCGAACGGCAGUCCCGCUGUCAAGCUCAGCGACAAUUUGGGCAAAAACAUGGGCGAUUCUGCCAAGGUCCAGGAAGUCAAGAAGAAGCUGGGUUAUGUCGAGCACGAGUGGGAAGAAGGUGAUGAGAGCCGCCGAUGGACGAAGCAGGCAUAG